GCAAUUCUGCGAAUCGGAAUCUUUCUGUGAAACUUCCCAUCUUGAUCCUCACAUUAUCACCAAAAAAAGGUGUUCCGUUUUUUGUCCCUUCCCUGUUUUUUCCACGCAGCGCAUCGCCUCAUUCAGCACGUGUUCCCAACCUCUCGGACCGGCAAAUCAAUACAGACACAAUGUCCGGCGAUCAGGAAGCGAGACAGGUUGAGGAUGCUGAGCGCGAACUGACCCGGCUCUGGCGCGCAUGGCGAACUGUUCAUGAGAUGGUCCACGACCGAGGCUAUGAGCUGGCUGAAGAAGAACUGCGCAUCUCGCUCGACGACUUUCGGAGACAAUAUGCCGGUGUGGACGGAUUCCCCGAUCGCAAGAAAAUGACCUUUUCCGCCCGCCCUUCGCAAGCCAUGCUCGAAAAGUACUCCACGCCCGCUACGCCUCAAAACCCGAACCCGCCCCCUCCAGCAAUCGGCACCAUCUGGGUCGAAUUCAACGGCGACUCGAACGUGGGCAUCAAGCAGAUGCGGACGUUUGCCCACCACAUUGCCGAGCACAACUACAUGACGGGCAUCCUGAUCACCGCCGUGUCCAUCACCCCCGCCGCGCUGAAGAUUAUCCCCACCGUGCUGCCCGCCAUCAUGGAGACCUUUCUCGAGCAGGAUCUGCUCGUCAACAUUACGCACCACGAACUCGUCCCCAAACAUGUCCUGCUCAGCAAGGCCGAAAAGGCCGCUCUCCUGCAACGUUACCGGCUGAAGGAGACUCAGCUUCCCCGCAUCCAGGUCGGCGAUCCCGUGGCGCGCUAUCUCGGCCUCCGAAGAGGUCAGGUCGUCAAGAUUAUCCGCAAGUCUGAAACGGCAGGUCGGUAUGCUAGUUACCGGUGGGCAAUCUAGAUUUAGAUUUCAAGCCUGAAAGUCUUUUGGGUUGGGGGGCCGGGCCGCCGGAGGGGAGGAGGGGGAUGGGGGGAUGGGGGGAGAGUGUGGAUUGGAUGAUUGGAUCAAAAGCGCUAAGAGAGUAAUGUUUUCAUUGUCGGGCAAAGACACAAAAACUUGCGCGUUUCGAGGCGUUAUGGGGUGUUUGACUUAUUUCCUUCCUUUUUCUUUUUCUAUCUCAUUAUUUCACUAUCCUCAUCAUAUCAACGACACUAUCAUCUUCAGUGCCAUUACAGAUACAAUUUACUUUC